GAUGGAUUCAGAUUCUGCUGCUUUUGUCGAUUCGCCUUCUUCCUGCGAGGCGUUGGACAAGUCGACCGAUGGCGGACAUCUCGACGCCAUUCAAGUGUACGUUCGCUUGAGGCCGAUUGCUCGCGACGAAAGCUCUGGUUCGGUGGAGCAAUCUCGGUUCCAGAUCACGGAAGACAGCAAGAGCAUCAUUCACAACAACACGGCGUACACUUUCGACGAAGUUGUCGGUGAGGAUGUCAAGCAAGAAGCGGUUUUCCGCUCUGUUGGCAAGGUCAUUGUCGAUAACUGCAUCCAAGGCUACAAUGGCACCAUCUUUGCCUAUGGCCAAUCGGGCUCUGGAAAGACACACACAAUGCUUGGACCUCACGAUGCCAAAAAGGAAUCGCAGCAGGACGGCAAAACCGAAAUGCACACGCUGCGUGGCUUGAUCCCUCGCACCUUUGAGUACUUGUUUGCGCAGCUCAACAAUGAGAAGCUCCGCAACCACAAGGUUGAAACGACCUGCAAGCUGAGCUUUUUUGAGAUUUACAACGAGAACAUUUACGAUCUGCUUGACGGCACAUCGACCACUAGUCUGAAGCUGCACGACGACUCGUCGAUCGAGGGGCUUCGUCAACCGACCAUUACCUCUCCCCAGGAGGCAAACAGGCUUCUCUUUGAUGGCAUGUCCAACCGACGCGUGGCUGCCACCUCGCUCAACCGUGACUCGAGCCGCUCGCACGCCGUCUUGACCUUGGUGGUCGACAUUUCGGAAAAGGGCGACGGCGUCAAAAGCGGGCUCAAGUCAGGACGCACAGCUCGUCUCCAUUUGAUUGAUCUGGCAGGCUCCGAGCGCCAACGAGACACUCAAACUGCUGGCCAGAAUCUCAAGGAGGCCUCCAAGAUCAACCUGUCGUUGAGUUCCUUGGGCAACGUCAUGUCCGCUCUUGUGGACAAGAAGGCGCACGUGCCAUACCGCGAGUCGCGUCUCACCAUGUUCCUUCGUGAUUCGCUCGGAGGCAACACCAAGACUUUCAUCAUUGCAAACAUCAACCCGAUUCUGAAAUGCGUCCAAGAGUCCCUGUCCACCCUGGGAUUCGCAGCGCGCGCCAAGCAAAUCAAAAACAAAAUUUCCAUCAACGAAAAAACGGUGGGAGACGCUUCCCAGCUUCAAGGUGAAAUCAAGCGUCUCAAGGCUCUGCUCGAGGGAUCACAAGGCCGCCGCGCUCCUCUCACGUUGGCCGAGCAAGAAGCUCGCGAUGACGAGCUCAUCAAGGUCCUGGAGCUCAAGCGUCAGACAGACUCGUACAAUGCCACUCUUGAAGACCGCCUUCGCUUGAUGCAAGAGUUGAUGGCGCGGCAAGAAGCGGCCAUGCUUCACGCUCAAAUGAUCAUCAAGCUCCGUCAAUCUUACAUUCAGCAGCUUCGCGACCAGCGAAACGGCACCGCCAAUCUGUCUCAACGAGAGAUUUUGCUGCGUCAAGAGAUUGAGCAGUUCAAAUUGCUCAAGGACCAGACCAUUUCCGACAAGUCGAUUGCGUUGGACAAUUAUAUUCUCAAAGCCGAAAUCCAACGUGUCCGACAGGCCUAUCCUCAGUAUGCCCAGGAGAACCAGCAGGUCGUCCUUCUGCAAAGCACGAAUCUCCUCCUGUCAGAUCGCUGCGAGAAACUGAUCGAAGAGAAGCGCGCGCUUGCCGAAGCCAUGGAGCGUCGCAAGCGCCAGUCGGUUGCAUUCGACACCCGGGCUCUCUUGCAACGAGAUGAGGAGAAUGAGGCUCUGCAACGCACAAUUCGCGACCUUGAAAAGCAGUUGACCGAGAUCAACAAGGCAGUCGCGGAAGGGCAAAUUGCCACGGCCGAGGCGAUUGGCGAAAACAAACAACAGAGCCAACAGGCGGCCAAGGUUGCUGCGGCGAUGGCGGCUCAAAUUGAUGCCGCGCAGCGAGAGCUCGAAGACUUGCGCAAGCAGAAUGAAUCGCUUUCUCGCCAAGUCAUCACAAUUCGAAACGAGAAGGAGCUCGCGGCCCUGGAUUUGGACGAUGAGCGUCAGGUGAAGGCACAACGCGAGGCCGAGCUGACUGGCCAGUGCACCCUUCUGGAGCAAGAGAGCAUUCGUCUCCAAAGUGAACUUGCUUUGCUUCGCGGAGACUUGGACCAAAUGACCAAUGCCCAUCAAGCUGCUCAGCGAGAUGUUGCUGAUGCGAUGGAGCGCGUCGCCAAUCAUGAAGCUCAGGCCGAGCAGCAAGCACGCGAAAUUGCCGCGCUCAUGACCCAAAAACUGACCAUGGAGGCAGAUAUGCUGACAACCGAGAAUCAGUACCAGACCCUCAUGACGAAAGCUGCAUUGCUCGAGCAGCAGCUGAGCGGCAGCGUGUCCAGCAACGAAUUGAAGGAGCUCCUCAAGGAGAAUGAGCAACUUCGCGGCCAGUUGCAACAACUUCAAGCCGAUAAAAUGCACCUGGAGAAGGAGCACGCUCGCUUGUUGGCAACGGAGGAGAACCUCACCUUCACCAUCACAGAGCAGAAAGCGUCGAUUGUCCACGCGCGCAGGCAACUAGACGACCUGCGAAAGCUUUUCGACGAAAUCGCCGAGGCCCAGCGACUGGCGAAAGACGAGCUUGACAACCAGACAGAAGCUUACAAGCUUGUCAAGGCAGAGCUCCAGGAGCGCAUCCAAACGCUUGAGCAAGAACGGAAUACGGCCAGUCAACAAGCAGCAGACGGCUUGGCGCGGUCAAUGCAGCUCGAAGCGGAGCUGGAGGAGGCGAAAGCAACGGCGACCAAGAGUGAGACCGAACGCCAAGCACUCGCCAAUGUCCACGCGCAAGCGAUCGAGAAGGCGCGCAAAGACCGCGAGCAGAUGCUAGCUGAAGUGUACAGCGAGCGUGUCCGAGCGGACGCCAAGUACCGGGAGCUGCAAGCCACGCAAGAGUCGGCCAGCCAAGUCUCGGCCGAAGCGUUCCAAGCCCUGUCCAAGACGGCAGACGACCUACGACACGCCAACGAGCGGCAGCACGAGGAACUCCAGGCGCGCCAAGAGGCCAUUGUUCAACUUGAGCAAGGCCAGAUGCAAGCCCGCCAAGCGUGCGAGAGGAUGGCUGCGCAGCUCAGCGAGGCUGGCAUGGAAAGCAGCCAGGUGACCGACACCCUCCGUCGACAGCUCGAAUCUCGCGACGGGCGCAUUCUCGAACUCGAAUCCAUGUUGCUGCGUGCAUCUCAACACGAAAGCGACUCCCAGCGCACGAUUGAAGCGCUUCGCGACAGCCAGCUCCUCAUGACUGACGACCUGAACAACAUGCGUGCCGAGCGCGACGCAGCUGUUGCCAACGCAGCCACCCAGCAGCGCGAGGCUACGCUCGAGUUGGAAGAGUUGCGUCGCAGACUUGCCACUUUGGAGCAGGCCCAAUCGCAGCUGCAACUUGCCAACCAGACGGCCAGCCAAACCAACGAAGCGCUGAAGGUCGAAAAUGGUACUCUGUCUUCAAAGCUCGCAGCUGCUACCCUGUCUGUUGGCGAGUUGGAAGCUCGCUCAGAGCAACUUGGCAAGGCCUUCCGACAGGCGCAAGACGAGAUUGUGGUGGUCAAGAAGGAUCGGGACUCUUUCGCCACCAAGUUUGCCCUCGAGCGAGCGAACGCCGAGACUGCAGCGGAUGAUGUUCAGAGCAUGGUCGAGGAGCUUGAAGCUCUUCGUCAUUCCAUGACGCGGCUGUUGACGGAAAAGUCUGACCUGGCCUCCAACCUCGAGAUGGCGAAUGAAGAAAUUUUGUCCACCAAGCAAAAGCUCAGCGAGGAGAUUGAGAAUCGCCGAAAGGAACUCGAGAUGCUGGAGAACGAGAAUGCCAGCCUGAUGGGUCACCAAAAUCAGCAACAAAAGAUCAAGAUGAGCAUGAAGAUUCGUCAAGAGAACAACGAGCUGCAAGCGCGAAAUGUGCGCUUGCGUGCCGCACUGUUGGAUAUGCAGGCCAAGUACAAUGACAAGUCCAUUCUUCCUUAGAGUUGGAAAAGGAUGCAAGUCGCGUCGAGUCGAUGGGCUUUUUUUUUUGUUGUUGUUGUUGAACGGGAGGUUUGUUGGGUUGAAUAAUGACGUGUUAUUAUGUUGUGAAAUCAAGAAAAUGUUAAUGCUGAA